AUGCGCGUUGCCAUCAUCGGCGGCGGUCCUUCGGGCAUCGUACAACUCAAGACACUUACCGAAGCCCAUCGGCGCUUUUCGGUCCCGCCUUUUGAGGUUCGGCUCUUUGAAUCUCAAGACAGGCUUGGUGGUAUCUUUUCAAGUCAUAGUUACGAAGAGGCAGAGCUGGUCUCGUCAAAAUAUCUAACCACCUUCUCUGACUUUCGCGCUCGUAGCGAGGAUGACGAUUUCUUCACUACCGAUCGCUACCUCGAGUAUCUUGACGACUACGCCACACAUUUCAAGCUAUGGCCCUAUAUCAACUUGAAAACAUGGGUCAAGUCAAUUAGAAGAGGUAGCUCAAGUGAGCACAUAGUCACUUACCGAACAUCGAACGGCGAGGAAAUCGAGUGGGAAUGCGAUGCCAUUGCAGUAUGCUCCGGCGUGCACGCCACUCCAAAUAUUCCGGAUUUGCCAGGCAUCGAACAUGUCCCCGUCGUGAUGCAUUCUUCCGAGUUCAAGUCUCGGGAGCAGUUUGGGAAGGGCAAGACCGUCAUGGUCGUUGGAAGUGGCGAGACUGCUGCAGAUAUUGCCUACUUGGCAAGAGUCCCCGGUCAGCGAUUUCUGCCCUGGCUCUUUGGCUCCAAGCCAUAUGAGUAUCCUCAGCUACCCCUCGAUGUGUCUCAAAUUACUUUGUUCGACUCCAUGUAUGUUCAUCCUAUGGUAAGAGACAGCAUGAUAAUUUGGAACUAUUACCAUUUCGUCGCAUUGCCUGCUGGGUGUUGGCUCUGUGGUGGUUCUCCAUAUGGUGUCGACCAGUUUGUUGGCCAGAUUUAUAGUGAACGAUUUCACGCAUCACGAGUCUUCUUUAAUAAAGCCUGGCAGCGCAUCAGCAAUCACGUCUCUGCUCCCUGGCGACCAUCAAAGUGGCCUCUUGCGACUCGCAUCCGUCGUUUCUUCUUCAACACCGACAUCCCUCCUGUCUCACGCAUCAUCGAAGUCGCACCAACUCCUUCUCACAUCUCCAAGGACGGCACAGCCCACUUCCCUCUCAACGGCCGUCCAGAGUCUGUCCGCAUCAACGAGACCGUAGUCAAGCCAGACGUCGUUGUAUUUGCCACUGGCUACCUCUCAUCAUUUCCUUUUCUCAAUGAAUUCGAACACGCCAACGACAAGCCUUAUCCUACAGCAUGGCAUGCAGAUGUCAGGCAAAUCUGGAACUCGAAUGAGCCGACAGUUGGGUUCAUUGGCUUUAUUCGCCCGGGGUUCGGUGCUAUACCACCUCUGGCUGAGAUGCAGUCCAUGCUGUUUACCAUGAGCCUUAUGAAUCGAAUCCCUAAGCCCCUUCAUCCCGACGAUGAGUGGCAUUACCGAAUCAUACACCCUCCCGAUGCCCGUGUCUUUUAUGGCGUCGAGCACGAUAGCUAUGCAUACCAAUUAGCAAAGGAUAUCGAUGCAGCGCCAACAUUCACAGAAGUGCUUAAGCUCGCUUUCCGUACGAAAAAUGGUUGGAGGCUGCCGUACGUUUGGGCCGCAGGAGCAUGCUUCAAUACCAAGUUUCGCAUGAAAGGUCCGUGGAAAUGGGAUGAAGCUAGCGAGGUCAUGACUGGCGAGUUAUGGGAGACUAUCCAACGCCGUGAAGGUUUAUUUGGCAACAUCCCGCUUAGCAUCAUCCCAUUGAUGUAUCUCGGCCUCAUCAACCUCUUCUUCUUACUUUAUGCUCUCUUUUGGGGGUUCCUUGCGAAAGUGCGUCUAACACGGCCCAUAGUCAUUCGCAAUGAACCGAAGCGAAUCAUGCAGGAGAUGGAGCGCCUACACUGCAAGAAAGAAAAUCGCUGA